AUGGACCAGAUCAUCUUGACUGCCAUCACGCGGCACAUACAGGACAACCAGGUGAUCAGACCCAGUCAGCAUGGGUUUGUGAAAGGCAGAUCCUGCUUGACUGACCUGAUCUUCUUCUAUGAUAAGAAUGAAGAGGAUGAGGACCAGCCUCUCAGCCUGGCCUGGCCUGACACCCCACGCAAGCAGCUCACCUACCUUCUUGUAUUACCCAUUGCUUUUCCACUGUGGGCUUCCCUCCCGGAUGUCAGAAACCCUAGGUCAAGAAAAUUUUUUCCUAUCACAUUUUUUGGCUCUAUCAGCUGGAUUGCAUUUUUCUCUUACUUGAUGGUCUGGUGGGCACAUCAGGUUGGAGAGACCAUUGGUAUUAGUGAAGAAAUCAUGGGCUUGACUAUCCUAGCUGCUGGCACAUCCAUUCCUGACCUCAUUACCAGUGUUAUUGUAGCACGCAAAGGUCUGGGGGAUAUGGCUGUAUCCAGUUCUGUUGGAAGCAACAUAUUUGACAUCACAGUGGGCCUUCCUCUUCCAUGGCUCCUGUAUGCUGUGAUUAACAGCUUUGCCCCGGUGACAGUCAGCAGCAAUGGUCUGUUCUGUGCGAUUGUUCUCCUCUUCAUCAUGCUGCUCUUUGUCAUCCUCUCCAUCGCUUUCUGCAAGUGGAGAAUGAAUAAAAUCCUGGGCUUUCUCAUGUUUGGGCUUUAUUUUGUGUUCCUGAUUGUCAGUGUCCUCCUGGAGGACAAGGUGAUCCAGUGUCCUGUCUCCAUCUAGUGGAAAGUGCUGUUUCUC